AGGAUUGAUUUACACUCCAUUGACGCUUUAUCAGGCUCGAAGAAAAAGUCCGGCCAAUCAGUUUGAGCCUCGCGCACAGACCCGACAAACCCCCGCGCACAGUGCGAGGGUGUAGGCUGUAGCACUUUGUUUCGCUAUAGUGAGCAAGUUGUUUGGAAGGAAGGGGGACGAGAGAGAGAGAGAGAGAGAGAGAGAGAGAGAGAGGAAGGGAGGGGGCGAGCAAGCAAAGAGAGACAGAAGAGAGAAAGAGAGAGAGAGGGAAAGAGAAAAAUCUCCAAAUGUCUCUCUUCUAGUUCUCCAUUUAGUGAACUCGCGCGUGUUUCGCAGAUAAUGUCCGAGAAUGUCCAUUUCUGGGACUUUGAGCAACUAUUACGUGGACUCCAUCAUAAGUCACGAGAGCGAUGAACUCUCAACCCCGGCUCGCUUUCCCAGCGUCCAGUACUCCGGCUCGAGCUCCGCCGCUGCCGCCGCCGCCACGGGCGCGAGGCAGCCCGGCGGCGGCGCAGCGCACGCGGAGCAUCCCCACCAUCCCGACUCGUACCCGUCAUGCAGCUUCCAGCCGAAGCCUCCGGUGUUCUCGUCUUCCUGGAGCCCGUUCAGCCCUCACCACGGCGCCAGUGGCCUCCCCACAGUCUACCACCCGUACAUCCCCGCGCAGCACGUGCCCGCCGCGGACACAAGGUACCUCCGCUCGUGGCUGGACUGCGCGCCGCGCGGCUCCGAGUCCGUGCCGGGGCCGGUGCAGGGCCAGACUGGGCAGGUCAAGCUGGAGCCUCAGCUCGGACAUCUCGGCGGGGACAUCACACCCAAACUACUCGGCGGAGGACAGCUGCAGCACGAGACCACCACGUACAUCCUGGAGUCGGCGUCCACGGCGGCGCGCGAGCUAAUAAGCCACCCGGCAGCCAUCCCGAGAGCAGGGUUCGACGAAAAUAAGGACAUUUGUGAAGGGAGCGAGGAAAAAGACAGCCUGGAACAAACUGACCCCUCGGCCAACUGGCUGCACGCACGCUCCUCCAGGAAGAAGCGCUGCCCGUACACCAAAUACCAGACGCUCGAGCUGGAGAAGGAGUUCCUGUUCAACAUGUACCUCACGCGAGACCGGCGGCAUGAGGUGGCGCGCGCGCUCAACCUGACGGAGCGGCAGGUGAAGAUCUGGUUCCAGAACCGGAGGAUGAAAAUGAAGAAACAGAGCAAGGACCAACCCAAGGACUAGCGGGCGGGACUCUCACUUUUUUGCUGCGCGCACAUGCACAUUCAGACGCACAUACACGCACGCACGCUCACACACACCACGUAUCCGAUGAUAAAGUUCCCUAUUUGUUAUGUCCGGAACACAAAAUGGCCUUCCCAAUAACUACACACACACACACACAGACACACACACACCUGCUAUUUCCAAUUUGUUUUAACCUUCAGGCACUAUACCACGUGAGCUUCAGUCCCAUCAUCACACCGAUCUAUAGAACUGAUCAAUGGCUUUAUUGAUCAGCAGAGGACGGCGCCGCGUUAACACUGAAGUCUUAGAAGCUCGGAGACGCUCUGGCUGAUGUUGGAACUUUGGGAUCAUUUGAGUUUGCAGUCAUGGAGGAUGAUGGGGAAAAAAAACACUCACAGACCAACAGCCAUUCCUCCUGGACCUCCUCUCCUUUAAAUGGCUCGGACUCUCUAUAAAAACUGUUUGAUGAACUGAUAACUCUUGUUUGUCUUCAUAGUUGUAUACGCUAUUAUUUAGGCUUUGAUGUUAGGCUGCAUUAUGAAAGGGAAGAAAGGGGGUUGGGGGGGGGCAUACAGAGAGAGAGAAAAAAAGGUUUUUAUUUUUUCUCAAGCACUACUCUUCCUUUUAUUAGUUAUUUAUUGUUCCGUCGCUGACAUCGGAGGCGCGCGGAGGUGCUGAAACGGGCGUUUCACAUGGCCAUUAAUAAGCACGAGGAGCGGAGUGGGAUGCACACACACACAAACACACACAAGGGGUGUUCAUCCUUCUUUUUCUUCUCCUCCUCCUUUUUUCCCCCUGUUUCUCUCAUUGCUGGCAGGAUUUGAUUAGAAAGCGCCUGAUGGUCGGCGGUGAUACAAGCGAGCAAGCCGCCGUUUGUUUCCCGGUUGUCGGCCUAAGUAAUGAGCAGAUACCGGAGUGGGAGGAGAAGGGUGGGAAGUGAUGGGGUGCCGUGGGUGUUAACCCGACUCAGCAACCGGGGAUCCGAUUAGGCUGCUGUCGAUAUCGUGGAUCCCUGCCCUUCAGCUUGCUCUCCAGAUGCUUUAUGCUGCUGCUGCUGCUGCUGCUGCGGAGUCGGCGGCGGCUCAUCUGAGGCCUUUGUCGGCUAUCAAUAGUCGUCUCUUUCCCUUCAUAUGAGUUUAUCUGAGAGGAGACGCAGCACAGAGCACCAGAUUUUUGUAAUUCCAUCCAUCCUUAUUUAAAUCUGGCCUCAAGCAUCAGGACUCAGAUUUUGACGAUUAAUGCCCCAGAUAGUUUUGGUUGCUUCUUCUCAGAUUCGGAGCCUUCAUGCUUUCGCACCACAGCAUUUAAACAACUGGCCAGUAUACACUCUUAAUUCUAUCACUUUACCAGCUAUUUGCGGUGAAGAUGUAAAAUAAAAUCUUAUUCUGGUGCGCACAAAGUCCGUUUAUGUGCAUGAAGCACUGCAUGGUUCCAAAAAUUGCAUCUUUAAUCUCUAAACUUCUCCGUCAACCAUCCUCAAAUCUUUAUUCAGCGUGAUUGCAUUUGAAGAAAUGAUCAGCUCUAUUUUUAUACAUACAGUAGGCUAUAUUGUGUAUUAUCUGCUAUGCAAGGCGGGUCUCUCUCUCAUUACAGGAAAUAUACGGAUAGUAGUGUGCGCAACGGCGGGUUGCAAACGCAACUUGGGACUGAAGAAUGAGCCCCCGAUGCGCUCACAUGUUUACUGACAAUUUGUUUUUAUUUAUUUUCUUUUAAUUUCUGGAAAAUACCAUUCCUAGAGGUUUCCUCGACACGUUUAACAGGACGCUUUAGAUUUAUUUCCCGCGUGAAAUGCUUUUCCAACAGUGUUUACAUUUUAAUAGCUCGGGUUAGUAUCUGGUAAGACUUCAGUUUAUGCAGAAUUGUAUUGAUCUGAAAGUUAAAAUAUGAAGAAGGCCGGCCCGCUACUAUGGCGUUAUUUCAAGUGUCGGCGUAGUUAAAUGGCGUCCGAUGGCAGUUUUAUGGACGGAUCAUAAACAACACAUUGGCUUUACAACGUUGUGUGUGUGUGUGAGAAAGAGAGGGAAUGAGUGUGUGUGUGUGUGUGGUGUUGGACGUUGCGGUUUGCAGACCACAAAGGCUGCUUGUGCACCACCAUUGUAAAAAAAAAUAAAAAAAAAAUAGACACAUACAUAUAGUUUACGCGCACUUGCGUGCCUCCAUAGUAAUUUUCAUUUGUAGUCGAAACGAACCGGUCUACAAGCAGCCUUUUUUUGCAAAGUCUUAAACAGAGAAGUGCUAGAUUUUUUUCCUCGAUAAGCAUCAAAUCCUCCAUAUUACGAGUACAAAUGUUUACAUGGUUUGCGCAUGCCUCGAGUCACUCGUCAUUCGAAGAUUUCGUCGUUUAGCUCUUUGUGUGUAAAUCUGUCGGAGGGGGGGGAAUGCUUUCUGAAAAUUUAAAACAUAGAAGUUUCUCGAUAGGAAAUGUUUCUAAUUUAUUGUACAUAAAGUGAGUAACCUCGUCUUUUUCUCAUCGGAAUGAGUUCUAUAUGCUGAAUAUUGUUUUGUCUGUAAUAUAGAUGAUUUCUUUUUCUUUCUUUUUGUGCGUCAUGUUCUUUAUAGAUUCUGUUCUCCAUGUUGUUGUGCCGACUGUCUGGAUGAUCUGAUGUCAGUCUAUGGUUUGUUUAAUGGUGAACAGCGAUGAGUUGGACUCUGCUGAUGUAGUAUUGGGACAGACAGGACGAAAAGUUUGGAUUAAAAUGCAUCUAUAUAAAUUAUACUUUUUAUUUUAUUGACCCUUACUAUGACUUUGUCCCGCUCCUGUCCCAGUAUUUACUCUCCUGACUUGGAGGAACAAAGUUUCUGGAGUUUGUUUUUUUUGCUGCUGAUAAAUAUGGGCAGAGCUCCACAAGACAUUUUUACUUUCCCUCCGCUUUUCUUUUUUUUUUUUUUCAAAUCUAAGCCAUGUGGCCACAGUAAAGACAUUAUUAACGAGCAGGCCGAACUCCAGUCACUCUGAUCCUCUCCUCCCUGUGAAAUGUUCCAGUCCCUUUCUUGUAUGUUUUCCUCUCUUCUGUGUUGUUGUUGUCCUUUUUUUUGUUGUGUGCUGAUGGCACUGCUGAUGCUGGAUUCCUAUUAAAGAAGAGACUUUACAGUAUA